AUGGUCGAUAUAGUGGAUCAUAUAUAUCUUGUUUCCGUUCUUCCCAUGGCAUUGGCUUCUAAAAGUUUCCGAUCAGGCGCCCAAGCAGUACGAAUUGAUUUCGCAAAUUCGUUGAGCGUUGUCUCCGACACCAUACUUAGGGAUCCUAAUUUGUCAACUCAAUUACUUUCCAUUAAAUUCGAUGGCAGUGUGAACCUACUUCUUAGCCAGCUUGCUAGUGCCAUCUCGUAUAUGCCAGUGGAUGUUGUUCGGGCUGCACAAAAUACUGCAUCGAACUCCACUGCUGCCGUCAAAGCCGAUCUCAUUGCGACAAACCUUAACAGGAUCAAAACCUUGAUGUCCACUACCUUGACCAAUCUAGUUGGCUCAAUCGGAGAUGAGUUAUCGAAGAUCUUUUCAACAGGUAGUAUUCUACAGUCACGGACAGACAUUAACAAUGCUUUCACUAUGUUUAACACCCUUUCAAGCACCUUUAAAACCAAAGGAGACAUGUAUGAUCCUCAGGCAUUGCCCGAUAAAUACGAAGCAACAAUUCAAUCAGCUCUUGAUCUACACAAGUCUGGAAUACAAUCCAAGGCGGCUAGUUCCUGGGGUGUUUGGGCUACUGAUUUAUCUCAGGCUAGCAUAAAGACUUUGACAGAGACUUUGGUCACACUUGGGAGGAACACGCAAGUUGGUAACGACAACCAGUACAACACUAGUGCUUCCUCUGGUUGCGACACGGCAAAAUCAGAUUUCCGUCAAAAACUGGAUAACGAAUACCUAUGGUCUGACAAACAAGACAAGAAAGAUCUUUUUACAACUGCAGCAGACAAUACCAUGGCUGCUCAAAAGGCAAUAUGGUUGAAAAACAAGGUCUCCACAGCAUUGGCCUCCAAAUUUGGGAUGCAUUUCGAUGUGUUUGUAUCCGAGAAAAAGUCGAAUUUUGUCAACACAUACAACACAGCAUGUGAUACCUACAAGGCUUAUAUUACCGCCGAGCUUGCAGGUCAAGUGCCUCUUAUUAUUCAAUCUUGUCGAGAUCAAUUAGAUCUUAUUGAUCUUAACUUGGAUCUACCAACCACCACUAGAGUCCAAAUUAUAUUGUUAUCUAAUGCGGCCGUGACAAUUGCGAAAAACAAAUUUACCUUGGCUAAAGGUAAUCUCCAUGCCUUGCCAAAUGGGGCAAUUUCAAGCACAAAAAUACAGACUUACCAAUCGCAACUUGAUAUCGGACUUGAGCUCGAUAGAAAAGCCAAAGUUGACAAGUAUGAUGAAGUCGUGUCUGUGUACAAUCAGGCACUUCUUAGCGAGAUAAUUAUACCUAUCACUGAUCAAACUCUAGCAAAUAAUUUUAUUAGCACAUCGGCUUUGGACACCAAGAUUACAACGCAAUUGAUGUUGUUCAUGAGUAAGAAGAAGGGUGAAGAGGAGUUAGCUCUCGCGAAAUGGAACGAAUGGAAGACAAGAACAUAUCCUGCUCUCGUUGAGGUAGUACAGCGUAACAAUUCGUAUAAAGUGGAUGGCCUGGAUGGGAAUCUGGCUGCCAUAAAAGCCAUUCAAGAACAUGUCGUCGACAAUAUCAAAAUCAAUUGCAGUGGGCUUGCUUCAGAGUUAGGCAUGUCGUAUAUUGGGGCUUGGACUUUAAGUGACGUAAAACCUCAAGACAUGGGCAUGUCUGUAACAGACCCCACCAAACCAAACCAGCAAAACUCUCGAAUCUUUCGCUUAAACAAUACUCCUAGAAAUGGUUAUUAUGAUGUAAAUAAUAGCACGAACAUCGAAUUUUUCGAUUGGGUUGUUGAGGUCUCGGAUAUCAUAUGGUGUAAACCAAUUAUCACUGAUCUCAAACCACUGAAACUUGACACGACCGAAUAUCCAGCUCAAAACACUCCAAUUACUGUCACAGUCGGCGCAAGUAGCGCCGUGACAAGUACUAUCACAGAUAGUCAAAGUUGGGGCGUAAACGCUGGAGUUGAAGUCGGCUACAAAUUGGGAGUCAAUGACAGCUGGCAAGCAAACUUGAAGGCAACAUUCAAUGGAAACUUUUCCUCGAUGAAAUCUCGUUCAGAAUCCACCACUUACACCUCCACGACCUCUGCACAGCUUACACUCUCUGCUAAUUGUGUAAACUGUGUCAAUCAGAAGGUUUUUGUUCAAAAAACUUCUUUACCAUACACAGCCAAAGUUAAGGUUGUCCCGAGAUUGAGAUUCCAAAACGGGUAUACGAUAUGGGAUUGUUCCGAUCACCAAAGCACCUUUGAGUUCAGAAGAACCGAUGAGAUUCGUGACGAUGCACUGGCUAACGCGGAUCCUUGGGAGUGGAAACUGGCUAUGGAGCGCAGCAGCUACCUCGUAAACUAUCUUGAUAAUCUUACCACAGCAUCACAGUAUGAAUUUUACGUCAAAGGCAAAUGGGAAGGCAUUACUGGCAAGUAUGCAGUCACUACUGUGACGCCUAAGAAUACGAUGACCACUCUACUUCCUCCUUCUUAA